AUGGGAAAUAAGCAUGUUAACUGCCAUCAUGAGGAAUCGAAUGAACAGAUUUCCAAUCUGAUGAAACAUUAUGGACACUAUUCGAUAGAACAGAAUGGUGGCAUUUCAGAUUCGAAUAGUGCCGACGAAAUCAGUUCGAAUCUCAUCGUGAAACAUCACUCUUUACUAAUAGACGAAAUUGAAAGAAGUAACCCAACCCUGUGGCGACACUACACUGUACAAUAUUACAUCAAAACUAGAUUUGAUGCCAACACAUCAUCACUUGACACUUUCCUCAAUCAAAUGUCAAAAUCAACCCUCAAAGAAAUAGAGAGAGAAUUCAAGACAGCUCUUCUCCAACAUAGAUUAUCCAAAUAUCAUUUUCCUAACCAUCCAAACCAUGAAGAAAAGAAUGACGCCUUACAUGUCACUUUUAUUGAAGAUUUCUUUGAUUCGACAUUUCCAUCACAUGCUCAUUCAAUAAAACAAAAACACAAACUUUGAUGC